AGAGCCGCUCCCUCGGUGGGGAGGAGGAAUCGCGAUCCUGCCAGGCAGGCGGCCGUUGCUGAAAGGGGACUUCGGGGAGUUCAGGAUGACUCAGCAGGGAGCUGUUCUUCAGGGUUACAAUAAUGAACUAGUGAAAUGCAUUGAAGAUUUAUGUAUGCAAAAAGAAGAACUGAACAAACAAAUCCAGCAAGCAGAAGAAGAAAAGAGUAAACUCCAGCAUGAAAUCCAAGUCCUCAGUGAACAGCUGGAGUGUGUAUGUGAAAACCUGGCCCAAAAGGUGGCUUCACGGAAUGAGCUUGAUAAAAUACUUGCUGAAACUGAAGCUGCUUACAUGAAGAUUUUGGAUAGCUCUAGAACUUUACUUAAUGUCCUGAAGAAGGAAGUGGGAAGCUUAAAGCAUUCACCAGAUCUGAAAACCAAUGUAACGUGAAACAAUCAAAUGUUUGGACUCUGCAGUGCUAAAAUUCCACUAGAGGUGCUUGCCCUGCAGUUAGGUACCUCCCACAUGCAGUUUCUGUUAAUCACCUUACAGAAAUGGAGGUGAGUGGACUGGGGCUUCACCCUAAUUUUAAGGGUAGGGAAUAAAUAGAAGGUAUGGAUGUGAAGUCCUGGUUUGGGAUGACUGGAGCAUGAGGGGGUAUGAUAGAGAGAGAGGUGGAGUUUCUCAUAAUUUCUGUCUGCUCUAAGUGUACUUCUACUGAGCUACUGCCUACAGUUCUUCCUACCCAGUAAAUUAAAUUUUAGAAAUGCUCUGAGCGUCAUCUGAACUCUGGACUUUCUCCUCCUUCCUUUAAGCCCACUGACAGUCAGCAAAAGAGGCAACUUGUGUUUUGUUUUCUCUUUCUUUUAUUUCUUUCUGUUCUAACAGGAGGCUAUGGAAUCUGAGCCUUCUGUUUGCUGGGUAAGUGUGCUGCCAGGCUCACACAGGAUGCAGUGCUGUUGUUUCCUGUCCUGGUUCUUCUAUGAACAGUCCUCGAUGAACUGCUUGAGUUUUAUGAAGAACCUCAGGUUCUGUGUGUACUUAAUGUACUCUGUAUGUCAGAUUGACCUUGAGAGUUUAGGCAGAGGAUUGGCAGGUGUUUUGGCUCUUGGUGAAUGGAAGAGAUGUGUUUCCUUGGGCUAGGAAUUGUUCAGACCAGGAAGAGGAGACGUCUUCAAAUACCCAAAGAGCUGUGCAGUCAAACAGUGAAGCAAGCUGAAGUCUAAACCCAGAUGACUGGAUUUUGGAUUGCUGUUUCAGAAUUGAGAAUCAAUUCCAUCUAGGUCUUGGGGUACAAGUGUGUUCCACUCCAAAUCGAUUAAGUGGAUUAAGCUAAACUAGAACAAGGUGCUGGUAAUUCUGUAAAAAGGUCAUUCUGAAGAAUGUUAGCCAAAGGAUCAAAUGUCUACAGUUAAUUCAUCAUACAGAUGAGCCUUGUGCAGAAGACCAGUAUCUAUUACUCCUUAGAUGAUUUUGCCUGUUAGGAGAGAUUUGAGUGAUAAUAUGUAGCUUGUGGCAGUUACCUUAACUUUGAAUAGAUCCUAAAUUCUUCGGGUUUUAUGCAAGAACUAGACAAAACAGUUAUAAAAAUAACUUGUUUUAUUUUUAAAAUUUAUUUUCAGGAAUGAGCAUAGAAGUAUUAAUAAAUACUUUAGUAUUGAUUUAUUUGUGUGUGUUGGUGAUUUUUCUUAACAGAUGAAUAGGCAAGUUUUCCUAAAAUCAGAGUGCUCUCUUUGCUUUAAUGUACGUGUAUGUUUUUAAAUAUAGAUGUAAAUAUUUUCUUUUUUCUCUUUUGGGUGAAGGACAGACUAGCCUUUGAUUUAAUUUGUGCACCAAUUGCUUUGUCAGUGUCUGUUAUUUUACUGGGGUGGAGACAGGCACCAUGGCCACUUCUUGGGUGUCUGUUCUAUGCCUUUUUUUAAACUUGGGAUGGAUUUUUUUUGUUCUUUGCUGCUUAACUAUUUACAGAUAUGUCAGGGAUUUUAUUAAGUGCCCCAGAGUAGUCCUUGAUGGUUGUCUACCUCAGCUGGUUUCAGAUGAAGUUUGGUUCACUAUCUCUGUAAAAUCCAGCUACUUGCAUGUUAGGUGUUCAUAAAACAUGGAGAGGUUCAAGCUUGCAGAACAGGGAGCUAUAUGGUCAUUCAUAGCUCUAGCUUGUGGGGUUUGUGUGAAAAGUAGUUCAGUGUGUUCUGUAUUUA